AGUAGUUGAAGUAAAUUUAGAGCAUAAAAAGCAAACAACUGAAGAUGUGUAUAUAAAAGAUGCUCUGGUGGAUGGUGAUGGUGUAGAUAACACUGGUAUCGAUGGUGAUUGUGUAGAUGACAAUGAUAUUAAUGGUGACGACGAGAACAGAGAUGCAAAUGAUGAAGAUAAUACUGAUUCAGACCAUGGUUAUGAUACUGAUUAUCAGAUCAAUGAUGAGGACUUGUUAAUUGAUACCUGA